CUUCCAUCAACCGCGACAUCAGACGGCAGCGUAUACACUGCCCCUGUUGCGCAUCUGCGAACUUUUGAUUACCGACUUCUGUUGGUCUGUUGGUACUGAGCUCUAGCUGCGGAUUGUUGCAAGGUCAAUCGCCUGCCAGCUGCGCAAUGUCGACGAUUGCGUCUGUACAGCCGCAUGUCAACGGCACGGGGGUGGUAUCCGCAGAGUUUAGUCGCGAGACCGACUUCUUGAAGCAGAUUCUGCAGAUACGCGACGACGUGUUUGCUAGCAAACACCCGCGUAUCCAUCUCCCACCCAAAGUAAUUGAACAGGUUGCACCACGUCCGCCGCAGACCACUCCGCCGAGCAGGCCCUCGACCAACGGCUUUGCCAACGGCGCCAGCGCCUCGCAGCUGUUCCCGCCGCGCCCGAACAGCUCUACGCAAGCACCUGAGCUUGUCUCCCCUGCACAACCCAUACAGCGGCCCUACUCCGCCAAGUCCGCGUCUUCUGGCAUCGACCCGGUGCUGCUCACCAAGUCUGACCACUUGAUCAGGGCAGAGUUACAGCUCAAGCGACAGCAAAUAGAACGGAUUCUGAAAGACCAGUUCGACAAGAAGGGUCGCGGCAAUGACAACGAGGAGCGCGAGGCACAUUUUAAUGUGGAGCAAUGCUUGAUACAAGCCCAUCUGCGUGUCCCGCCUGUAUCUGGCUUGCGCUUGCAGUCUACGACUAACAACAGUGAUGGCGCUGAGUCUUUUGACGAGAACUCAUACUACUCUAGCAAGGCAGACAGUUGGUCCUCGGAAGAUGUUGAUGUCAACCAAACCUCUAAUGCUGACGCUAUAGUGUCACAUGUUUCUCAAGGGAUUCAGCCCGUCAAGGCGGCUCGUGCUGAGACAGCUGUGAUUGAUCUUGACGAAGAAACAUACGAGCCUGCCGAUGAUAUUGAGAUCUAUGAGCCAGAGCAGGUCGAUCUUGGGGACGAUGCAGACGAAGAAGACUACUCACCGCCUCCGGCUGAUGUCAUACCUGAGCCAAGCAGAGGUCGCGGACGACAGCGUGGCUUUGGCAAUGGUGGCACAAACGGAUCACGCCGCAAUAGCCCGUCGGGCCCAGCACCCCCGCUACAAAAUCCCCGUAAACGCAGACGGGAAGAGAAGCGCCAGGAGAAGAAGCGCGAGCAACAAGCCAAUAAGCGCGUGGUGCAUUCGCCUGAGCCUUACAUUAAGGAGGAGCCUCAGUCACCGCCACCUUUUGCCGAGUCCCAACCCAGCAAGCGUCGUGCUCUCCAGCCUCUGCCCAACGAUGUCGAGGUGAUGUCCCCACGCGGGCCCGUCUACUACCGCGAGUAUGAUGAGCCAACUUCUCCGACCGUAAUCCACGCACCACAACGGCGACCACAGCCUCAGGAACAGGACCUGAGAAGAGUUGCAAGUCUACAGUACGCCCGCCGCCCAUACUCGCCCGAUGGCAGCAGUGGUGAGAUCUAUGCUGCACCUCCAGAGUACCGACCCAUUCGCGCAUCGUCUCAUGCAUACGCCGAUCGACCAGAGGUACCGGUCUUCCGAGAAACUCCAUCUCGCGCCUCGAUGGCGCCCCGCUACGUUCGCGAACGCUCUCGCUCGCCUAUCUACGAACCUAUGCCUCCACCUCGCCGUAUCGUUGUAGAUCAGUAUGGAAACAAAUACUAUGCGGCACCAGUUGACGCGCGAGAGUCAGCUGCGCCGCCUAGUCGGCGAGUCGAGGUCGACCCCUACUACGAGCGUGCUGUUACUCGAGAGCCCACAAUGCGCGCCCCUGCGCGUUCUAAAAUCUUUGAGGAUGAGCUUGGCCAGAGGAUGCCUCCACCACCGCCACGGAGAUAUAUGGAAGCGGCAGAGCCUGAGCUUAUCGAAGCGCGACCGUAUCGCCAGAGGGAAGCAUCUCGCCGCCCAGUCGAGGUCCAAUAUCGACCGCAGGAAGCGAUGGAGCGCCGACCAGUACCACAAUUUGAAGAGAUGGGACCACCACAAUACAUGCCGCCUAGGGCAUAUAGCGUGCGUCCAGAGGUUGUUCGGAGAGAGGCUCCUGAGGUGUACGUCCGUCAUGAAAGCAUUGCGCCGGGCUCGAUACGUCCGUCAGCACAACCUCGCUAUCGUGAGGUCAGCGUCGCGCAUCAGGAGCCCGCAGAGCGAUACGCAAUGGCACCGCCGCAGAGUCGACGGUACGUCGAGGAGGAGGCUGCACUGGAUGGGUACACAGCUCUGCCACGACAUGUUAGCUAUCGCUACUAGUGUUGGAUAUAGGAUUAGUGUAGCUGUCAUACUGUUGUCACAAUUACUAGUACGUAUAGCACGGCUGGCUCGUGUUGUAGCUGUGCACUUUGAGCAAUAUUCAGAAACGAUUCAGCAUUACUCUCAUCACUACACAAUUCAUUUGGCCAGACAGUCGCACCCACACCCGCACUUGUAUUCGGAUUUUAGAAGGGCCUGGUAUUGCACUCAAUUCUCCUGCGCAAUCGGCCUUCAG